AUGGAUUGCGAAGUUUGUGACAGUCCGGCUGAGUUCACAUGCAAGAAUUGUUCAGUUAAGCUUUGCACAUUAUGUGUAGGACUACACAUGCUUUCCGAAUCAGAAAAUGGUCACGAUGUAGUGAAAUUUUCCGAACAAAAUGAAUCCGAGGAAAAUAAAUGCCAGGACCACCCCCAGCAAGAGAGCAGCGCAUUUUGCAAGACUUGCCACAUAUCUAUCUGUGUCUUAUGUCUAUCGGAGAAGCAAAAUGCGCAUGAAAUUGGCGAGUUAUCGGAGAAAGUUGACACAUUAUCCGACAUUAUCGCCAAAGAAAAUGAACAGCUUCAGUCCUUACAAUCUGAUAUGGAAAAAAUUCUGGUCCAUAUCAACAGAAGAUCUGCAGAACUUCCACUUGCCUACAAACAGACAAAAAAUAAUGUUACCUCCCAUAUCAGGGAAAGGCAUCAGGUGAUUGAUAGAGCAGAAACGGCAUUGCACAAAGAUCUAGACAAAAUGGAAGAAAAGCAUCAGGGAAAACUACUGAAGCAAAAGAGAGAAUUUGAAGAAAUAUUGAAGAAAUUAAAAAGCUUAGAUCAAGAAUCUUUAGCUUGGCAAAAUCCAAAGACACCCACAGACAACCUUACACAAGAAGCUGAAGAUGAAAUCUCCUUAUUUCCGAAAGCUCUAUAUGUACCUUCAGUUCUUACCACCCUUGAUGCACAGUUUCCAACUUCUAAAGAAAACAACAACAGGUUGUAUUCCAUUGUUCCCCUCGGUGACGGCAGGGUGUGGGUAGGUGGACACAGUGAUAUCCUGAAGCUUUUUUAUCAGGAACGUCUUAUAGCCACUGUCAAUAAAAAGAGUAUUGGUUUGUUCCUGACUCUGCAUGAGGGACAUAUAGUUUAUCCCGAUACUGACAAAACCCUGAAGAAGGUUAUAAACGGUAAAGUAAACACGUUGUUCAGUACCGGGGAGUGGUUUCCUCUCGGUAUCACCUGUACCGCGGCACGUGACUUCCUUGUCUGUCUCCGAUCAACAGAUGAUUCACAGUCAAAGGUCGUAAGAUAUAGCAGUUCUGGUGACGUCCUGCAGGAAAUCCAGUACGACUCCCUGCACCAACCUCUGUUUAAGUGGGCAAUUUACGUGGUGGAGGAUUGUAACGGCGACAUUUGUGUAGUUGAUUGGAAUAAAAAUGCCGUCACAGUCGUUGACAAGUUCGGAAUAUUCAGGUACUCUUACACAGGGAACAAAGCAUCCAAAUUCAAACCUUGCUCUCUUACCAAAGACAGCAUGCAUCGUAUCAUCACCACUGACUUUCUUUACCACAAGAUUCACAUGCUGGACAGGGACGGUCGAUUCCUGAGGUACAUCAUUCCUGAUCAGGGGAUACAGAGACCAAGGGCCGUGUGUGUCAUUAGGGAGGGGGAGUUAAUGGUGGGGGAGUGUAUAACGGGAAUGAUUAAGAGAAUAAAGUACCUAGCCUAA